AAAGAAAGUGAAAACUGAUCUUACAGUGUAUGAUUUCCUGCUACACAAACACCAAUUUUCUCCUGAAACAGCUUCACAAGUUGCCUCUGUUUUAAACCGUAUAAAGAAUCCGCAAAAAUCUGAUUCAAUAUUAUCAUUCCUCAAGGAGAGUGGUUUUUCAAAGAGUCAGCUGGAGAGAGUUGUGAAAACUAUGCCUAGUUUGCUUGCUUCAAGUCUUGAGAAUACCAUCAAGCCCAAAUUCAAGAUUUUCCAAGAUUUGGGCUUUUCUGCCGAAGACAUUGCUGAGAUUAUUUCAAGCGAUCCAGCAAAUUUGCAUCGAAGUGCAUACAGUAGGGUCAGAUCGUCGUUAUCAGUUUUGAAAAGAUUAUUGGGAUCUAGUGCAGAGGUAACUAAGGUUUUAAAGAUUUCUGGGUGGUACCUGAAAACAGAUUUGGAGAAGAUUAUGGUACCUAAUAUUGAAUUUUUAAAGAGUUGUGGUGCAGGCAUGGAGCAAAUCAUAAAGAAAAUGUAUAAUUUUCCAAGGUUUCUCAUGUGCAGUCCAAAAAAUAUGAAAAUUUUUGUUAAAAUGGUUGAUGAGAUGGGGACUUGUAGAAGUUCCAAAUUGUUUAUUCAUGCUGUUCGGGUUGUUGGUUCAAUGAGCAAUGAGAAUUGGGAACUCAAGUUAAGGCAUUUUAGGAAUUUGGGGUUUUCAGAAGAUGAUAUUUUGAAAAUGUUUCAAAAGGCUCCUCAGGUAUUUUCUGUAUCACAGAGGAAAAUAAGUAAGGUAGUAGAGCUUUUACUUGUAACCGGGAAGUAUGAUCUUUCAUGUAUUGUUAACUGUCCAACAUCAUUGACUUGCAGUGUUGAAAAGAAGAUUAAGCCCAGAAUGCAAGUUUUAGGAGUUUUGGAGAGUAAGAAUUUGAUUGGAAAGUGGCCUCUUCUUUCAACUAUUACUACAAUCCCUGAUAGCACGUUUGUGAAGAAAUUUGUUCAGCCUUAUUUAAAUGAAGUCGGAGAAAUAUAUAUGGUGAAUAGUGCACUCAACAGAAAAAGAAUUGUGGAGUCAAAAUGACUGUACAUGCCUGUAUAUAUCAUGCUAUGUUUCAAACUCAGGUGAAGUCGGAGGCUUGUGUACAUUGAUGGCCAUAUUGUCAUUAAAUUUCGCUGGGGCAUCUGGAAAAUGAUAAUUGAAUGGAAUGGAGAAAAAAUAUAUAUUGCUGACCUCAAAUUUAUUUUGAUGGUAGAUGGUGUGAAGUCUUAUGGAAUCUGGUUAAAAAUGAAUAGUGGACUUGAGAGCAAGAACUUGCCCAUGUAGGAGUUGGUAGCUAAGUGGCAUACCAUGUUCUCAUGUGAUAGAAAGCUUUGCGUUCUUGGAAAAUGGACACCCAACCGAUGGACUAUACAAAAAGCAGCUUACAUUACUACAUAUUCAUAUACCAUCUCUCCCAUGAGAAGCCCUGAGUUGUGGAGUAAUCCAGGCCAAGUUCCUCACCACCCAUCCAAACCAAGACCAAGGCUCGAGGAUCAAAGAAAGCUAGUAUAAAGGGGCUGGUGAACAGCAAGAUCACAUGGUAAGCCACAUACAAGUAAUACAAGCAGGUGAAAGAAAUGUGGAGCAGCAGGCCACAACAAGAGAACCAGCACACAUUCAGCUCAAAAUGACUAACUUGGUUUUGGGUUGUCUUUUGCGCUUUUUGACUUCCUACAUUGAUGGAUAUAGAUGUAGCUGUUGAUGCACUGUUAGAAUUUGUUUUGUCAAAAAACAUGCAUUGAAGUGCCUGAUGAUGACAUGUGAAGUAGCAAUUUUUAGUUAACUGUUUACUAAUGUUUACACAUUUCAAUAGAAAUGAAUAUUGUCAGAUACUCGCAAUGGUAGGGACAUUGCAUUCAUCUUCUUCUGAUGGUUUGUUUACAGCAAUUAGAGUGAAAAUUGAAGCGUCACCAAGCUU